AUGGUUAAGUUAGUUUUGAACCCAAUGAACUGUCUCUAACGCUAUGAGCAUUACUCAUUUAAGCCUGAGUUAGAUUGUAGAAUUUACACUCAAUUUCUAAUUGGAGAAAAUGCCACAAAUUCCAAAAAAUUUGUUUAAAGUCUCUAGAAAUUUAAAAAUCUUGAUUGGUUAAGCUUAAACUUUUCUGCUAAGCUAGAGUCAUAAGAUGCGCUAAUUGAUGGUUUUUACGACGAUAUUAGUUUUGAAAUCUAUAAUUUAGAAAUAAUCGUUUUUAACUAAAACUUACAAGAAACUACUGAUUUCGAUUUUAAAAUAUUCGAAUUAAUUUAAGAUUGCAAAUAAAUAUAGCUCCUAACUAUUAAUUUAUAUUGCUGUUAGAUUGGAGAUGAAGGAAUGAAUCGUUUGUCUAAAGUUUUAUAUUUACCAUAACUCAUUGGUUUAGAACUUAAAUUAUAAGGGAAUUAGCUUUAAAAUGAAUCAUUUGUAAGUCUCCAACAGCUACUUGUUCGCCAUUAAAAUUUAAAAUAUCUAAAUUUGAGAUUAGGCUAUAACACUCUAUCAAGUACAAUGGUAGAAAAAUUGAUAGAAAUACUUCAAGGAUUACAUAAACUAGAAAAAUUAGUUUUAUUUAUGAGUCAUUGCAUGAUACAAAAUUAAGGAGCUUAAUUGUUGCUUGAAUAACUUGCAAAAAUGAAACAAUUGAGACAUCUAGUUUUAGAUUUAGAGAGAAAUAGCUUGAGGCAUGAAGAUGGGAACAAUAUUCCAAAACUUUUUAGAACUCUAAAUUAACUCUAUAGUUUUAAUUUAAAUCUUUCAAUGAAUCAUCUUCAAAUAAACCAAUCUAAAAUUAAUAAUCAGAUUAGAAAAACUCCGCAUUUAGUAAUUUACUUCUGA